GUCCAAGUUAAUGUUGGUCGCAGCUUCUUUGGUGUUUUUAUUGUUUGAACUUGAAGCAUGGGCAGGAAAUGUUCCAGAGAACUGGAGUUGUGCUCCACUCACUGAAAUCACAUCGUCUGUUGAGGGAUGUGUGACAUCAAGCUCUUAUGCAAACGGAGUAUGGAGCAUUGGAACUUCAAACUCCAAGUCUGGAGCAGGGGCUAACAAGUUUUGUGUAAUCUCACUUUCUGGGGAGGGACUUCACACUAGCAAGGACUUUUACGUCACGGCCCGGUUCUCUAACAGCAAUCCAAGUGCCAUUGCUGGCCCCUUCGGAGGUAUUACCUUUAAUAUGGAGGACGAUAACAAUGGCAACUACGUUAUGAUGAGAUUGAAGGUACCAGCAGCUGCCAAUGUUCAGAUGGGUAAAAUAGUUAACGGUAAUGGACAAAAUCUCGCUCAAAGCAAAGUCAAGAAUAACGCUGUCGCUUCUGGAGCAGCGACUCUAGAGAUUCUGGUUAAGAGCGAGGAAGAGUCAGUUUGGAUAGACGGUGUUCUAGAAGAGUCUAUCUCCUCUCAGCAGCCCUUCUUUGUAGCAGCUGGUCAUGUUGGGUUCGGGUUCCAAUCCGUAAAAAGUUGGAAUUCUAUCAAGGUAGAAGGAGCUGAAGUGUGUACUCCUAUCACGUGUACAGAUGUAGACGGUAAAGUACACUCUGGUGGGGACACGUGGACAAACGAUGACGGCAAGACAUGCACGUGUUCCGCUGAAGGUAUCGAGUGUGUGUGUGAAACUAUCACCUGCCCCGGAGGCCAGGAAAUAUGGACAGAACCUGGAACUUGUCUUUCUAAAUGCAUCAAAUCACCAGCUUAUUGUUCCAGCUCCGGAGAUCCUCACUACAGGUCGUUUGACGGAAAAUACUAUGAUUUUCAUGGAGUAUGUACAUACCAGGCAGCUAGUUGUGGGGACUUCGUUGUAAAUUUCAAGAAUGUUGAUCUUUAUAAUCGAGCCCCAAGAUUCACACGACGAAUUGAACUGAUUUUCAAUGGAUGCAAAUUUUCUAUAGAGAGAGGUUUGGUGUCAAUGGUCGAUGACGUAACUGUCCAAAUUCCCUACAUCAAACACUACAACAACGGAGACAGGGUUGAAAUCAUCAAUAAUGGUCAACUUGAAAUCAGGCUGUACAACAAGGGCAGAAACCCAUCAGUGCGUCUGCGUGCUACCAACGGGGGUUCUUAUAUCAAUGCUGAAAUGUGGCUCCACGGGUCUUGUGCUGACAUAACAGAAGGUAUGUGUGGGAACUGGAACGCGAACCCUAGCGAUGAUCUAACGGGAGGAAGUGCAAAUAGUUUGGGAAUAAUGCACCAGAAGUACGAUGAGAACUGUCCUGCUCCCCCUCUCCCACCAGAUGUUUGCAGAGACGUCGGAAACCUACACGACGAAGCUGAGGCUAUCUGCUCUGCUCUCUUGAAUGACCCAUUCAAGCAAUGUAACGGUGCAAUACCGGUUGGAGAUAGAAACGGUGGUCCCAUGAAGGACUGUAUGACAGACGUCUGCAUGUGUUAUUUAGAUGAAGCGUGUGCUUGUCCUCAGUUUGAUGUGUACGCCACUCAAUGUCAGAAUAGCGGCUUUGAUGCCGCUAACUGGAGAGAAGCUGUCGCAUUCUGUCCGUACGAUUGUCCUGAGCCAACAACAUACCUAUCUAACGGAGCCACUCCAGUACCAACUUGUCUCGACAAGGAGCCAGAGGAGACCGGGACUGUUAGAGGGUGUUUCUGUCCGGAAGGCCAGUUCCUACAGGAUGGAGUUUGUGUAGAUGCUAGCGGGUGCAAGUGUCUCUACGAGGGACAGUUCUAUGAGAACGGUGCAGUUAUAGAAAAGGAAGCAGAGUGUCAGACAUGUACUUGUCAAGAUGCAGGGGAGAUGUCGUGUCAAGACAAGGCGUGUCCAACUCUUAACUGUGAGGAAGACCAGCUAGAGGCUAGGAAGGAUGAUGAGUGCUGUCACUACUGUCUUGAUAACUGGGUCGUGGCAGAGAACCCCGACAACCAGAUCAAGAAAGGACAGUCUGUAGUUCUGACCUGUGAAGUACUUGUAGAGGGGGUCAGCAAGAAGGACAUUGUUUGGCUUAAGGACGGUAAAAAGAUAACUAAGGGAAUCUCUAGAAACAAGAAGAUGCUGACUGUAUCUGAUGCUGAUGCUGAUGAUGAUGGAACCUACACUUGCCAGGCCACCAAGGAUGGAGUCACUGCUAGUGACGACUUUGGAGUAGAUGUGGUAAUGCCUGCAGUUUGUGAGCAUGAGGAUGGUACGAGCUUUGAAGAAGGUACCAUUUAUAACCCUCAGGAGACAGAAGAGUGCACGUGUGAUGCACAAGGAGUACAUCACUGUGCCUGUAUUGAUGACGGGGAAGAGUGCGAAGAUCCCACCCCUGUGGUUUGGUUUAAUGACAACUGUGUCAAGACCUGCGUUCCUGAGCAAGGGCACUGUGCCGCUGCUGCUGAUCCAUUCUACUCAACGUUCGAUGGCUCUAAAUUUGCUUUCAAGGGGGAUUGCAAGUACAACUUCUUCAGUUGUGGUGACGUGAAGAUGUAUGCUGACCAUGAGAAAGAAGAAGCCAGUACUAGCACCAAAUAUAUUGAGAUAGCCUUCAAAACGGACGUAUUUAAGCUGGAAGGCAACACUGUGACCCUGAAUGGUGAUGUUGUUGCUGUUCCCAUGCACAAGUCUUACAAAGAUGGAUCUAAGAUUUCACUUGAAGACAAAGGAACAUACACGAUGACGAUUACACAGGACGGAAAAGAUCCUUUGGUGUACCUGCAGUGGGACAAGAUCUCCAGCUACUCCAUUGAUAUUCACGGCUCCUGCAAGGGCUUCUCAACCGGCAUGUGUGGUAAAUGGGACGACGAUAAAACAAACGAUCUGACUGGACCUGAGGGAGACGUACUUGACAGUGUUGAAGCUUUCGGGACAGCAUGGGCUCAAGAUGACGAAGCAGACUGCCCUGUACCGGUGCCUCCCCCAGACAUGUGUGAUCUCAUGGGUCACACAACAGCCCAGAAGUCAGGUUAUGAGCAACAUAUUGCUAACAUUCUUAAAGAAAGUCCCUUCUCAAAGUGUGCAGAUGUUGUGGACCAAGAACCCUUCGCAGCAGAGGCCGUAGAUCAGAUCUGUAUGUGUUUCGAUAUUAGCUGUUCCUGUGCCAUUCUCGAACAGUUGGCUGGAGAGUGCAAAGCUAAGGAAGUAAAUACUGACGGAUGGCAAAUCAACUUCCCUGAAAGCAUGUGUGCUCCUAAUUGUCCAGAAGGUUCAGUAUUCAAACAAAGGGGACCUAAACCAGCACCGUCCUGCCAAAAACCUAACGGUGGUAAAAAGUCUCAGUCUGGAUGUUUCUGUCCCGAGGGUCAGAUGAUGGAGGAAGGAAAAUGUGUUGGCCUAGAUGACUGCAAGUGCGAAUAUGCUGGCCAGCUCUACGAUGUUGGAGACAAGUACGAGAAGGGAGCAGAAUGUCUGGAUUGCAGCUGUGUGGGUAAGGGACAGGAAGAGUGUGAAGACAAGAAAUGUAAAGUUACAUGUGGUGAUGAUGAGAUCGAGGUUGAAAAAGAAGGAGAAUGUUGUCCCAUAUGUCUUGCUAACUGGGUGGAGGCAGUUAAUCCUAAGCCUGAUGCUGUCGUCAAAGAACCCUUAGCUCUGACGUGUAGGGUGAACGGCGUGGAAGUGACCAAGGAUAAUGUUAAGUGGUUCAAGUUUGCCCCAGGUAUGGCGGAUCUCUCCAAAGCACAAAAGGCGUAUUCCAUUUCUGACGACGGUUUGACCUUGACUAUCAAGAAAAUGGAUGCUAAGAAAGAAGGAAAGUUCAAGUGUGUCGUGGAGAAGGAUGGGAAAACAUCUGAAGGAGUAUUCGAGGUUGCUCUGCCACUCGAAGAAAAAGACCUGGUUAAGGCAGAAAAAGAAAUCGUAGAUUUUGUCGAGGGUGAUGUGAUAAAGCUUCAGUGUAAUAAACUGGAGACAGUGACGGAGUUGUUCUGGACUUGUAACGGACAGAAAAUGAAAAAUGGUAAAGGCAACGUGAUGAUCAUAAACAAAAAGGCUUUCAGCGAACUGGUACUGAAGCCAGCUAAACUGUCUGACAAAGGAACGUGUACAUGUCACGCCAAAGGACAGGGUACGGAGGAUUCAGCGGACAUUCAAGUAAGAGUACUUGAGAACGAAGUUACCAUCACGUCUCAAGCGGAAGACCUUACAUGUAAACAGGGAGACAAGAAGACGGCUUGCGUUCUAGGGUGGGAUGUCGUCUCUACAAUCGGGACUGUCAAAGUAGCGGUUUGUCUCUACAAGAAUCAGAAAGCGACGAAGUGCAAGAAAAGUAAAGUUAAGGAUGGCAUCUAUACCAAAGAGUUUGGCAAGAAAAGGAAACCUAAAAACAGUGGAUCAUACGUGGCCAAGGUCACGGUUAAUGGCAAAACGUUCAUUUCUGAACCUAUCAACUUGACCGUAACAAAAAAAGAGAAGAAAAAGAAAGGAAACAAGAAAAAUAAGGACAAUUAAAAACCGAUCAAAGGCGCACGAUCAUAUUUAUUUUAUUUAUACGAUAAAAUAAUAAUAUAGCUUUUUGGAUAAACAACUUGCAUGCGGAUAGAAUUUUUGACUGUUUCCCGAAUUGUCAGUUUUUGUCAUGUGAAACAGAUAAAUUAGAUGUAUAGACUCUAUUUUUAAGUGCGAAACCUGGGUAA